AUGCAUCGCUUGACGGCUGGCGCCUCUAUUAAUUGUCUACAUCGGUAUCUCUCUGUCUAUCUAUCUAUCUAUCUAUCUAUCUAUCUAUCUAUCUAUCUAUCAAUUUUUUUUAUAUCUAUCUAUUUAUCUAUGAUUGUAUGCAUCGGUGUUUAUCUAUCUAUCUAUCUAUCUAUCUAUCUAUCUAUCUAUCUAUCUAUCUAUCUUUUCUUUCCAGCAGGUCAUCCCAUAAGUUCUAACUUAUGGGAUGACCUGAUAUCUAUCUUCCUCCCUGUUCUUUUCAUGCAUAUAUGCGUCUAUCUUCCUUUUCUAUCUAUCUAUCUAUCUAUCUAUCUAUCUAUCUAUCUAUCUAUCUAUCUAUCUAUCUAUCUAUCUAUCUAUCCCAGUCUGUUCAUAUCUAUCUCUAUUUUCUAUCUAUCUAUCUAUCCAUCUAUCUAUCAUUCAUCUAUCAUCUAUCUAUCCCAGUCUGUUCAUAUCUAUCUCAGUGUGUUCAUUUUCUAUCUAUCUAUCUAUCUAUCUAUCUAUCUAUCUAUCUAUCUAUCUAUCUAUCUAUCCCAGUCUGUUCAUAUCUAUCUCAGUGUGUUCAUUUUCUAUCUAUCUAUCUAUCUAUCUAUCUAUCAUUUUCAUCUAUCUAUCUAUCCCAGUCUGUUCAUAUUCAUUUCAGUGUGUUCAUCAUUUUCUAUCUAUCUAUCUAUCUAUCUAUCUAUCUAUCCCAGUCUGUUCAUAUCUAUCUCAGUGUGUUCAUUUUCAUUCAUCUAUCUAUCUAUCUAUCUUCUAUCUAUCAUCUAUCUAUCUAUCUAUCUAUGA